CGGUGGUGGAUGUGAUGGAGGGUUAAGACAGGAUCAUGAGGCAGAAUUACUGCGGUUGCUGCUGCUCGGUCAGGUGAUGUGGACGACGGUUUAAGUGCAACUGACAGAGAGAGUGUAGAAAAUGAAGGGGGCCAAGGCGGAGAGGACUGUGGCGAAAGCCAACGGAGUGGCUGGUCAUGGAAAUGUGAAGGUAGCGGCUAUGGCGGCCGGAAGCGGGAAUUCGACCGCGGCGAGCUCCCAGAUAGAUGGUCCAGCUGCUACUGCCUUGAACGCUGUUGUUAAGGCAUCAGAGGUGGUUCCAAAAGGGACUGUAUGGCUAGAGACUGUAGACGGCGAUGUGGAGGAGGUAGAGAGGGAUGUGGCAGUACUCUCGCCAGUGAUUCACAGGGAUAUGCUGAGGUUUGGGCGGGGCUCGUCACGGGAAUCGCCUAUUGUUUUGCCGAAGCAAGUUAGCUCCGGCGUCUUGAAGCUGAUACUGGAAUAUUGCAGAUUUCAUAAAGUACAUGGUCGCUCCGACAAGGAAAGAAAGCUGUUUGAUGAACGGUUUAUCCGGCUUGACACGAGGCGGUUGUGCGAACUGACGUCUGCUGCUGACAGCUUGGACAUGAAGCCUCUGGUGGACUUGACGAGCAGGGCACUGGCUCGUAUGAUCGAAGGCAAGACGGCCGAAGAAAUCCGUGAGACCUUCCACCUUCCAGAUGACUUAACUGAGGAGGAGAAGCUGGAGCCAGUGAAGAAUGCGACGGAUGAUCCGCGGAUAAGACUGCUGAACAGAUUGUAUGCUCGGAAGCGUGAGGAAUUACAAAAAAAGAAAGUGCUAAAGGGGGGCUCAGCAGAUACGGAUGAUAAGCCCAGGGAUGAACGAUCAGUCGACGACUUGCUGUCGUUCAUAGAGAAUGAAGGUAUGUCGGAGGGCAAGAAGGCUGGAAAGGGGAAGAAGAGAAAGAACAGGAGGAAGAAAGAGCAGGUGGAUGAGCAAAGCCUCACUCUGCUUGAGGAUGAUAAAGAGAAAGGGAAAAGGAAAGGUUUCGCAAGAAGUGAUGAGGGAAGCAGCAAUGGCUGUAGGAGUAGCAGCCGACAUGAAGCGGCAUCCGGCAUGUACAGUCUUGAAAAUGGACAAGAAGGGAGCAGCUGCCUCGCUGAACAAGUAACGGGGGCUGGUCGCACUGUGAGACAUCCUUUGACUGGCACGCUGGCGCUGCUACCUUCUGGUGCUGGGGAGGGCGAAACGCCAGAAGACGAUGUCAUUUUUGAUGAAGCGGAAUUCGAUGAUGAUGAUGGGAUGGAUCCUGCCAUGAGAGAAAAGUUGGAUAGGGAGGUGGCCGACUUUGCGCGUAGAUUGAAUUCUGAUUGGCAGGAUAGGAUGCAAGAACUUUUGGCAUUGGCGUCCUCAAGCCACGAAAUGCGGCAGAGAGCAAUGGGUGGCAGUAACUCGCUAUUGGGUCAGUCAGCCAGGUGUGUGACUGAGUCAGAUAAGAGGGUGACUGGAAAGAACGAAGGCGAACGGAGGCAUCAGCCUAUAAAUGACAUGAGAAAGGAGAAGGAGCGGCUCCACCGGAAGAUAAAAAAGAUGAAGAAGUUGCAAAAGCAACAGCAUCAAUUACCACACCAGCAGCAGCAGCACAAUCAACAACAACAACAUCAGCAGCACCACCAGCAGCAACAGCAACAACAUGGGCAGCAGAAGGAGCAGUCAGCACUCGAACGGUCUUCCGAUGUGGGGUUGGACUCUGUGCAGAGGUCAGUGAGAAGUGUGGGAGGAAGCACAGGUGAGGGAUGUGGUUCACGGGAAGAGGAAGAAGCUCAUGGACUCUGGCAAUUUUCGGAUGAAAAGUCGAACCAGCAGAAGACUCGUGCUGUUGUGUCCGCAGUGGGAACAGUGCCUGUUGCUACGACGGCAGGCUGUGGAGCAGGGCCGAGUGAAGGCGACUGUCUUGGGCCUCUUAUGAGUGUUCGGAGGUCGCAGGAAGGGCUUCUCUCAGGGGGGUGUAUGGAUAGGGCACUGCUGUACUCGAUGCCCGUGAUGGUGGCCCAUCAUCAAACCUUGGCGAAUGGUGCAAUCUCUGGAGAUCUGUUUGGCACUGCUGAUCUGGUACGGUCAGCAACGUCUCCCGAGGGUCAUGUCGGAAUGAUGCCAGGUCUCGUAACAGGAUGGCAUUACUAUGCGGCAGGGCCCUUCAUGAAUGGGUUGGGAUGCACCAUGGGGGAUACAGAUGUGGGGGGGGGUGUUGAGGGGGCAAGAGGAGGGGUUGUUGCAUUAAAUGCGGGUGGGGCACAAAGUGCGAAUGGCAUUGGGCAUGGGUCAGUUGGCCCCUUCACUCUGGUGACGCCAGUCAUGAACGGGUACUCGGGCAGCAGUUUUGCCUAUAUCCCACAAGGGGGGCUGACGAAUUCCCUUUUGACAAGGGACAAAAACUUUGGGUCAGACGGAAAACGGGAACCUCUGGGAUUAGAUAUUGGAUGCAACCUGGAGGGCAUGGGUCUCAUUCGAACGCCGAGGGAAGGUAUGAAGGGGUGGCUAGCUUUGCAGGAAGGGGGUUGCAAAAGUGAGAGCAUUGGGGGCUCAGGUGAUGAAAGCUUGUCAAGGUGGGCGAGGAGGAGUGGAUCGCUGCAGGGAGAAGGGGAGGAACUGGUGAGUUUCCUAGAGCUCCUCCUCCAGAAAAUCAACAUGCAGGAUGAAGUGGAAGUAGGGCUGAAAGGAGCGUGCUCAUCGGAAGGUUCUGAAGGGAUGAUGGCAGCUUCCAGGGGAGCAAAGGAGGACCCGGAAUCGAGGGUAGAGAACGGAGGACAGGAGGUUGAUGAUGUCCUAGACGUGGAGGUGGAGAGGCCGAGAUCGGAAGCAGGCAGCUCUUCUGCAGGAGAGGGCUCCAUUGCUGUUGGUGGAAUGGGCACUUGUACCCCGGCUUCCUCAGACGGACGACUCACAGGUGAGGGUUGGACGAUUUGCCGCCAGUUCAAGUCGGGCGUCAUUCUCUCGGUCACGUUGGUGGAUGCACGCUCGACUGCCAAUGACGAGGGAGGCGAUCACAUAGACCUCGUGUCGCAGGGAAGCAGCAGAAGUUUGCUCGAGGAGAGAGGCGGUAGUGAACCUCAAGAAAGAGGAGGAGAAGUAUAGUAGUAGGAGGAGGGUUCUUGGAACCGGAGAAUCUUCCUCCCGCUGUGGUCACUGCCCAGCAACCGCUCGAAGGUUCAGGGUGAGUGGAAAGUUUCGCGGAAGAAUCGGUGUUCGUUCAGUCUUGGCAAGGUGCCAAUCAAUGAUUAAAGGCACCACCCUUGAGGACCCCUUUUUCGAUUUCUAUUUCACUUUCGUUUGUUUUCCAACUUUUCUUCAAUCCACAUUUGUUAAGUCUGCAACCUCAUGAUGAAAGCCCUGUGCAGGUGCCCAGCAUCAAAUGUUGCAUUGCCAUGCGUUUCGCAUCACUAGACAAACUCACGUUCCUGUGUGCCUCCCGAUGAAACCCAUGCUUACCUUCCUGUUGAGUAGGCAGGCUGCUGCAGUGGGGUCCAUGUUGGAUGCAGUUGCCCCACGUCGCCUCGUUUUUUUCAGCGUCGACUGUGGUCCUUCAGCUUAUAACUGAAGCCAACAUGCUCAGUGUGUGUGUGUGAUUGUUGAGAUCGUUGAACCUGGCCAACGAAUGCUGUAAGGUUCGUUCGAUCGAUACCAUGCUUAAUCUGUGGGGCUGGUAGUCUCUGGUGUGGACAAACAUACGGGGUGGGUGAAUCAUCCCCCAAUUAUUGUCUAGGUUCUAGAAAGAAAUCAACCAAUGGUUCCUCUCGGAACCAUCUACUGUAAAAGGCCAUCAUGAUCAUGUUUCCAUAGAGUUUUUGAGCACUGAAAAUGCCUAAUCAGGGUGAGAGCCUGUCCAUUUACUCACCUAUGCUGUUUACCAUUCUUUUUAAGGGAAAGGCAAAAUAGUUAAAAGGGGGAGGAGUGGGGCCCGGGGGGUGGGGAAGAUGGGAAGGGGAAUAUUGCAAAGGAGAUGUGACUUGGAUGCGUGGGAAGGUCGGUCAGUAUACGACUCGACUCGCUGAAAAAUCUCAUUGGGAGAUUCUAAAGAGCGGCGUUCAGACGCAGCGGGCAGAGGGUACCAAAGAGUCGAAGAGGGUACCGAAGAGUCAAAGAGUCGAGAAAGCGUAAUCACUGUGGAAUCGUCAAAAGACUUUUUUUUUACAGUGGUGGUAAUGAAUUCCCCCACCUACG